UAGUGCAGUGUCACGGCAUGAAGCAUGUUAAAAAAAGGGUAGUUGCAACAAAGAGGAAAGUUUUAGGGACAUCCACUUCUUAAAAGUUAAACUACUUUUCUGAGUGAUAAAGUGUACUCUGAAGGUGUUUUGGACUCAUUUGUUGCUAUUGUAAAGUCCAAUGUCAUCCACUCUACGAACCCUGAUGGCAGGAAACCAGAUAACGUCCUUUAUUUUCAUCAGCUCUGUGUUGGUACAUACUCACUCAGCUGAUAAAGACUACUCUGCUGUGAUGCCUCAGACAGUAACAGCUCUGACAGGCUCCUGUGUGCAGAUUCCUUGCACAUUCCACAUCUCCAAUUUUGAACACAAACUUAACAAGGCAGAAUCUAUUUAUGGGAUCUGGACAAAAAGCAAAUCACAGUUUAAAAAAAAAGAUGGUUUUAUAGCGUUUAACAGCAGUGAAAACAUCAUUAGAGGAUUCAGUAACAUACAGAUAACUGGAAAUAUCAGAGAGAGGAACUGCACAACUGUCUUCUAUAACAUCAUGAAGAAUCAUUCAGACCUCUAUUACUUCAGACUGGAAAUGGAGCCAGUGUUCAAAGCAACAUUUAACCCCAGUACAGAUGUUACAAAAAAGACUGUGAGGAUCAAUGUCAGAGAUUCACCACAACCUCCUGAACUUAAACCCAGUGAUCUGACAGUGAUGGAGGAAACUACAGUCAAUCUGAUCUGCUCUGCUGAAGCCCCCUGUCCCAAACAACCUCCUACAAUAUCCUGGUUUAACAUCUCUAAAUCUGCUCUAAUUACAACACAGUUACAGGAGAAACCUGAUAAAACCCAGUCAGUGGUUUCAAUGCUUACGUUCAAAGUUUCAUACAAAGAUAACAGAAGGAACAUCACCUGCAUUGCUACAUAUCCAAGAAAUACACCUGAUGCCUCAACUGUGGAGACUAUAGUAAUGCUACGAGUCAUUUCACAGAGUGGAUUCUCUCAUCUGGUGAUAUUUGGCUGCACAGGAGGACUUUUGGCUUUUCUUCUGUUGUCUGCUGUAUUUUUCUACUGUAUGAGAAAAAAGGCUUCAAGACAGGCCCAUGUCAUAGGAAGUGAUCAGGCUGAGGAUAGAAACAGAGACACCAUGGCUAUUUGUACUAACAAUGUCACUGCAAUCAGCAAGAAUGAUGAGAAGAAUGAAACUGAUGAUCUCUACUAUGGUGAAAUGGACUUCUCCAAACUCCAGACGGGCCACAAGACAGAGGAACACUCAAACAAUGUCUCAGAGACAGAGUAUUCUGAGCUUCAAGUGACACAGAGAUAGAGACAAAUCAACUGUGCUCAGAAAAUAGACGAAGUUAAAAAAAAAAGUGACUUUUGUUCAUGUUAAAUCUUGCUCUUGUGCAUGGGUCUGUGACUUUUGUUCAGUCACCAGUUUUCACAAAUCCCAUAAUAACAUCUUUUAACUGGUUUAACAUUAUCUACUGUAAAUAAUAUUCUAUACUCCAGCAGCUUCAAGGAAUGUAACUAGAAUAAUAUUAAAUGCUCUUAAAGCUGCAGUAGGGAACUUUUGUAAAAAUAUAUUUUUUACAUAUUUGUUAAACCUGUCAUUAUGUCCUGACAGUAGAAU